GCCGAUCUCUGAUAGCUAUAAAUGUAGUCGCACUCUGGAGCGCAGGCAGAGAUCACCCUUUACACACACUGGAUAUAAGCUGUCACUAUGAGGCUACUUGUGGUACUCGUCCUUGCAGUUCUCACUGGUUGCCAAGCCAAAGAGCCACAUCUGGAGGAUGUGGCCAGUGCAUUCUGGGACUAUGUAGCAAAGGCAACGCACACUGCCAAGGAAACUCUGCAGAUGAUCAGAGAGUCUCAGCUGGGCCAGGAAGUCAAUGACAGGAUCACAGGGAGUGCGGAUGUUGUGAGUCAGUACACCAUGCUUCUGCGCAGUCAGCUAACAGCAGUGGCCCAGGACAUGUUGAUCAAAAUGCUGAAAGAAGCAGAGGUACUGAAAGACUCCUUGAUGAGUGACAUAAACACAGCCAAGAUUACGCUGGAACCCUAUGCUGAGGAGCUGAGGGCCAAAAUCCAGCAGCAGGUGGAGAAGCUGAAGCAGGAGGUGGCCUCUUAUGCUGAUUCCCUGGACACUGAAGCCCUGAAGACCACCCUGCUCCAGAAAAGUGAGGAAUUGAAGGUCAGCCUGGAUGAGAACAUGAAGGAGCUGCAGACCAAGCUGGGCCCAUAUACUGAUGAGCUCCGGGAGAAAGUGGACCAGCGUCUGCAGGAGUUCAAGGAUAACGUGGCUCCGCUGGCUGAGAACAUCCAGAGCCAGAUGGUCCAGAGAGCAAAGACAGUUCAGCAGAGUCUGGCACCUUAUGCUGAAGACCUGAGGGAGAAGCUAGACCCCUAUGCCCAGGACUUGAGGACCCAGCUGAGCUCACUCUGGGAAUCAUUUACCAAGAAAUAUCAUCUUUGGGGACCAAAAUGUCCCCAGUUGGCAUCCUUAGAUGUUGAGACCACUGUCAGUUUGAAGGAACCACAGUUCAGUUUCAAGGUCCUUGCAGAUUUCUGGACAUCUUACACAGAAGAACCUCAAUCCCAACACAGGAAACGCCUCUUAAACACCAGCAUGAAGGUCUUUGUAGUACUUGCACUUGCAGUAUUUUCUGGUUGUCAUGCCAACAUUCUGUGGGCUGAUGAGCCCAAACCACAGCUGGAAAAGGUGACAGAUGCAUUCUGGGAGUAUGUUGCUAGGGCUACGCAAACUACUGAAGAGACUCUGAAGAUGAUCAGGGAGUCUCAGCUGGGCCAAGCGGUCAAUGCCAAGAUCACAGAAAGUGCUGAUGUGGCUAACCAAUACACAGUGGCUCUGCGUGGUCAGCUGACCCCACUGGCCGAAGACACGUUAACUCAGAUUUUCAAACAAGCAGAGGUUCUGAGGGAACGUCUAGCAGAGGAUGUGAGCACGGCUAAGGGUAAGCUGGAGCCAUACACUGAUGAGCUGAAGGCUAAAAUUCAGGAACGAGUGGAGCAGCUGAAGGGAGGAAUAGCCCCUUAUGCAGAUUCCCUGGACACUGAAGCCCUGAAGACCACCCUGCUUCAGAAGAGUGAGGAACUGAAGGCCAGCCUGGAUGAGAACGUGAAGGAGCUGCAGACCAAGCUGGGCCCAUACACUGAGGAGUUCCGGGAGAAAGUGGACCAACGUCUGCAGGAGUUCAAGGACAACGUAGCUCCUCUGGCUGAAAACAUCCAAAGCCAGAUGAUGCAGAGAGCAAAGACAGUCCAGCAGAGUCUGGCACCCUAUGCUGAAGACCUGAGGGAGAAGCUGGACCCCUAUGCCCAGGACCUGAAAACCAAGUUAAGCUCACUCUGGGAAUCCUUCAUCAGUAGCAGUUAGAAACACACAAAACUCCAAAGCCUUUUUGAACACUGCUAGUGAGCAUUUCAGAGAUACAAUUUCUCUUGAUCCUGCUUUGUCAAAAAAAAAUGCCUGGCCAAUACAGACACACUAACAGGACCACACUGCAUUUGAAACAAAACCAAACUGUGAGACCACUCUGAGAUAUUAGUUUCUAAAAUUUUGAGCACUUUAUUUUACUCAUACAAUGUAUGUUUGGUUCUGUGAUUGCUGCAUUAAAUGUAUAUGGUUGACUUCACACUGUAAUGAAUGAAAAGGUAUUUACAAUAAAUAUAUUUUAAAACA